CGUGUUAAAGUACUGUCAUAUUGUAAGAUUUAAAAAAAAAAACACACAGUAUUUUACAGGAUAUAUUGAUCAGUGCUGCUGGUUUAUAAAACGCAUAAACACUGCGACGUUUAAUAAUUCAUGUUCCAUGAUUGAGUUGAUAUUAGGCUCAGUGUCGCCCCCUGCUGGCGCAAGCAGUGUGUGUGUGUGUGUGUGUGUGUGUGUGUGUGUGUGUGUGAGAGAGAGAGAGAGAGAGUCUGGAGAGAAACAGCUCGUUUAACCCGUCCGUCAGCCGUUAGUCUGCGCGUUCACACACUUUCCCCCGCGCGCGCGCGUGUGAGUGUGUGUGAGUGUGUGUGUGUGUAGGAGAGAAAUCAGACCCGGAGAUCAGAUGGAUUUAUGAAUCGGAUGACGGCGCGGGGUUCCAGAUGUGCGCGCGACUCCUGUGUGCAGCGGGAUGCUGAGAGAGCGGCGCCAUGCUGGAAGUCAGCGACAUGCUCGCAGUGCCAGUGUUGUGCCAGGACACAGAGAGUUGGCACAAACACAGAGGGGCACUGCUUGACCCUCUCUUACUUCACACGGGCAGUUGUGAUGCCCUCUGCCCCACACAGGAAGGGGGGCCGGGAGCGAUGGAGGGGCAGCCAGGGGUCAGCACCACCAUCUUCACCCGAAGGAGAGGAGGACUUAUCGAGCAAAAGGACAUUGUUAAAGCUCAUCAGGCCCACAAGAUACAGAGCACACCACAGGCACGACGCAAAGAAUGGGAAAUGGCUCGGUUCGGGGACGCGGUGCCGCCGGGCCACGGUGUGCUGGACGGCGGGUCGGAGCGCAGCCGGACUCGCGAGCCUCCUUCAUCCUCCACCGGGGGAGUUUCUCCGGUGUUCAAGCAGACCAAAGCGCAGCGCGCGCGCACCAUGGCCCUGUACAACCCCAUCCCGGUCCGACAGAACUGCUUCACCCAGAACCGGUCCCUCUUCAUCUUCAGCGAGGACAACGUGGUGCGGAAGUACGCCAAGAGGAUCAUAGAGUGGCCGCCGUUCGAGUACAUGAUCUUAGCCACCAUCAUCGCAAACUGCAUCGUCUUGGCUCUGGAGCAGCAUUUACCUGGAGAGGACAAGACGCCUAUGUCAAAGAGACUGGAGAAAACCGAGCCGUACUUCAUCGGGAUGUUCUGUUUCGAGGCGGAUAAGAUCGUCGCGCUGGGAUUCGUGUUCCAUAAGGCGUACCUGAGGAACGGCUGGAACGUCAUGGACUUCAUCGUGGUGCUCAGCGGGAUCCUGGCCACUGCCGAAGCUCAUAUGAAUAUCCCGGUUGAUCUGAGGACGUUGCGAGCUGUUCGAGUUCUGCGGCCCCUCAAACUGGUGUCAGGAAUCCCAAGUCUGCAGAUCGUUUUGAAGUCCAUCAUGAAGGCGAUGGUUCCUCUGCUGCAGAUCGGCUUGUUGUUAUUUUUUGCCAUUUUAAUGUUCGCAAUCAUCGGCCUGGAGUUCUACAGCGGCCGCCUACACAAGACCUGCAUCCCCGAUCCAGAUAUACAGGAGAACGAGACGGUUCCGGAUUGGGAGGCGGAGUUCCCGUGUGGAGAUCGUCGGUGUCCGUAUAAAUACAGCUGUAACGGGUUGUGGAUCGGGCCGAACGACGGAAUCACGCAGUUCGACAACAUCCUGUUCGCCGUGCUCACCGUCUUCCAGUGUAUCACCAUGGAGGGCUGGACCACCGUCCUGUACAACGCCAAUGAUGCAUUAGGUCCCACGUGGAACUGGCUGUACUUCAUCCCCCUCAUCAUCAUCGGCUCCUUCUUCGUGCUCAACCUGGUGCUGGGAGUUCUGUCUGGAGAGUUUGCUAAGGAGAGAGAGCGUGUGGAGAACAGGAGAGCUUUUAUGAAGCUCAGACGUCAGCAGCAGAUCGAAAGAGAACUGAAUGGAUAUCGAGCUUGGAUUGACCGAGCAGAGGAAGUGAUGCUGGCGGAGGAGAAUAAGAACUCGGGUCCUUCAGCUCUGGACGUGUUAAAGAGAGCCACCACGAUAAAGAGGAGGGGCGUGGACUCCAUCCAUCACGGUCCUGAAGAGCAGUGUGUGGACAUCGCUUCUGUCGGUGGGCCGCUGAACCGGGCGAGUAUCCGCAGCGUUAAGCGAGGGCCGGCCGCGUAUUUCCGGAGGAAAGAGAGGAUGCUGCGUAUCUCCGUCCGCCGCAUGGUGAAGACACACACCUUCUACUGGACCGUGCUGGGACUCGUGGCCUUAAACACCAUCUGCGUGGCCAUCGUUCAUCACAACCAACCCGAGUGGCUCUCCACCUUCCUCUAUUACGCAGAGUUCCUGUUCCUGGGUUUGUUUCUGACGGAGAUGUUCCUGAAGAUGUACGGUCUCGGCCCUCGGCUCUACUUCCACUCCUCCUUUAACUGCUUCGACUUCGGAGUGAUCGUCGGCAGUAUCUUUGAGGUGAUCUGGAGUUUCUUCAGACCCGGAAUGAGUUUCGGGAUCAGCGUCCUGCGCGCGCUCCGACUGCUGAGGAUCUUCAAAAUUACCAAGUACUGGGCGUCUCUGAGGAACCUGGUCGUGUCUUUGAUGAACUCCAUGAAGUCCAUCAUCAGUUUGCUCUUCCUCCUCUUCCUCUUCAUCGUGGUUUUUGCGCUGCUGGGCAUGCAGCUGUUCGGGGGAAGGUUCAUCUUUGAAGAAUUCACCCCCACUAACUUUGAUACGUUUCCGGCUGCCAUCAUGACCGUGUUUCAGAUCCUUACAGGUGAGGACUGGAACGAAGUGAUGUACAACGGGAUUCGCUCUCAGGGCGGAGUUAAGUCGGGAAUGUGGUCUUCCAUUUACUUCAUCGUCCUCACGCUGUUUGGAAACUACACACUUCUCAACGUCUUCUUGGCUAUCGCCGUGGACAAUUUAGCCAACGCUCAGGAGCUCACCAAGGAUGAAGAGGCGGAAGAGGAAGCGUUUAACCAGAAACACGCGCUGCAGAAAGCGAAAGAGGUCGGCCCGAUGUCGUCCUUCAUCUCCUCAGAGCGGAGGAGACGGCCGUAUCUGUACAGGAAGCGCGCGCUGAUCCACCGCGGCCGCACGGCUUUCUCUCUGGAGGAGUCGGACAGUUUCGGCGACGCUCCUCCACUCAAUCCCUCUCGCUCUUUCAUGUCCAGGAGAGAAAGACGCCGGCGUCUGACCAUGUCCGUGUGGGAGCAGAGGACCAGCCAGCUCCGGCGCCAUCGCCAAACCUCCAGCCGAGAAAUCCUCUACGGUUCGUCUGUGUGCCACCAUCGGAAACUGGCGCACUCCACCGAGAUCCCUCCCUCGCCGGAGAUCAGUUCCGCUCUCGACCCUCUGGAGUCUCUCGAGCCGUCCAUGGAGGAGCAGACCGUCUCCGUGGGUCCGCUGCCGGAUCCUCCUGAAUCCGAAAACUCCAACGCCAAAGAUCUGUACGGAAACCCCGCGCACGCUCACACACAGAUCAGCACCACUCUGGAGCUUCUGGAUCCUCUGGACGCGGUGAAAGACGAGCAGGACGUCGAUAACGCCCAGUUACCCGGAAACGCCCCCGAGGAAUUUCAGGAUAAAAACCACCUGAGCGUCCGGAGAGCCAACGGAGAGCGGCGGCAGCGAGGGACGCGUAAAUACAGCAAAUACGGUAAACACAGCAAACACAGAAACCCAGAAACGCACCAUCGGCGGCACGACGAGCCGAACGCAGACGAGCGCAGCCGCUCCGCCAGCCGAGAACGGACGACGGGAAACGACGGUGAGGAAGCGGAGGAGGAGAAGAGCAAUGACGGAGGUGGCAGUCCAGAGGAAAGGACCGCUGAGGACAGAUUUGGAUGCCAGGACCAGAGCACGGACACGAGCGCAACUCCGCGUGAGCGCGACUCGAAGGCUUUACAUGUCGAUGUGGGCGUGUCUUUGAGUCCAUAUAUGGAAGUCUUCAAGAUUGCGCAUGUAUUUUCAGACAUUUCUAGCUACUUGCUAGUUCUGGCCGCGGACUCGGAGCCGGCCACGCUCCAGAUCGCCGACAGCAGCACGCCGGAGUGUGUAGUACCCGGUAAGGCCACUACCGAGGGAGAAAACAACAACAACCAGGACAAAACGUCUCUCAGCACCAACGUGGUGAUUGAAGACAUGGACACCACACCAGGACUGGAGCUCUCCACCAUUACAACAAACAAUAAAGAUCUGGAGGCUUCGAAAUCUGAGAAGGAAGACGAGCAAGCAGCAAAUCGCUCGAGAACUCCCCCAGACAGCAUGUUCAUCUUCAAACCCCACAAUCCGAUCCGCAGGGCGUGUCAUUAUGUCGUUAAUCUUCGUUAUUUUGAAAUGUGUAUCCUGUUGGUCAUCGCUGCGAGCAGUAUCGCUCUGGCGGCUGAAGAUCCAGUGGCCACAAACUCAGUGAAUAAAGUGCUGCGUUACUUUGAUUAUGUGUUCACUGGUUUCACGUUUGAAAUGAUCAUUAAGGUGAGUGACAGCGGCCUGAUCCUUCAUGAUGGCUCUUAUUUCCGUGAUCUGUGGAACAUUCUGGAUUUCAUUGUGGUGGUUGGAGCACUGGUAGCAUUCGCUCUCACGUGAGUGUGUGCUGCUGUUACACACACACACACACACACACAGACACACACACAGAAACAGUCACCAACUGCACUGCCUUAUUAACACACAGAAGUUUAAAUUAUUCAAAGACCUGCAGCGGCUCGUGAGCGUGAUUUUGGUACUGCAGGACGAAGUAACAUGACGGAAUGAGUCGAGGCACUAACACACGUGACUCACGCUACAGACUACUGCCACGUGAAUUUUUAGAGUUGAACCGUUUGAGAGUCGACAGCAUAUAAAUCAUCCAGCGUACAGUCUAGACGCUCGAUCUGAGCGGUUUUAGACCAGCAGCCAUGUUUUGAGGAUAAUAACCAGGGUUGCCAGGUUUAAACAAACAUUUCCAUGACAAAACACAUCUCAGACCUGAAACCAGCAUGCAUUUCGGAUGUAUAGUCAUCGUCCACUUCCAGAACCCCCCUUUACCCGUCUCCUAAUCUUUGAAGAAAUUGUUCUGUAUGUCAUGCACACACUGUCUGCAUUUACACCUUUGCAUUUGUUUGGGGAAAUGUAUUAGAUGUUAUUCUGAUUAUUUGCUAUUAAACAAGAUCCUGGGUUGUGUGGAGUGUGAAACUACCCCAAUCUGGCAACCCUGUCAAUGAUCCCUGCCCCAAUUGGCCUCUAGUUUAUUAUUUGUUAACACUUGUUGCAGUUCCUUUUUGUUACCACUAGGUGCAAUAAUUACGCUGUGGCGCUACAUGAGUCAGUGAGCGCGAUAUUUAUGUUAGGUGUGUGGGAUUGUGUAGCGCCACCUACUGGCCACCGUACAUUUUGACAGUUUCUAAGGUAAUGUC